AUGGAGUUGCUUUACUCAGACCCAGUUGACCCGCAGAUUGUGGCACGGUCAUGCUCGACACGACUUGCUGUGCGAAAGAGUAAAUAUUCUCCUAUUGCGGAUCUCGCGACAGGGGAGUUCAUCAAAGAGUGGAAUGGCGCCGACGGAAAGGGCUUUUGUAGUUCGGCAGGCCCUUGCGGGUCUCUUAUUGCUCUUGGUGUACCAGAAGCCAAGCCAGAGCGAAUCGCCAUUGUGACCAAAACCACGGAGUUCCUCUGCGCGGUUGAUGACAUUAUUGACUCAGCGGAGGCUACAAAGGCGGCUUCAACGCGCAGUCGGGAAUCACGAGACUUUGUAUACGAACGCCAGUUGCCUAAUUUAGUGAAGAGCCGACAUGAUUGGGGAACACGCAAAAUGCAACUUUUUACCAAAUAUCUGCUGGAGCUCCUCGCCAUCGAUCCGGUUCGAGGGCAAGUGGUCAUUCAGGCCGUCAACCAAUAUCGCUCAUCGCCUGAGGGGAAGCGCGCCGAUGAAAUUCAUGACUGGGAAAAAUGGCUCGCCUAUCGCUGGGAGAGUGCUGGCUGCGCCUUAUUCCUUGCGUUCAUUGUCUAUGCAUGCGAACUCGACCUGACUCAGCGUGAUCUGGAUACCGUCCAUCAUAUCGCUUGGAAAGCAAUGACAAUCACGGUUCUUACCAACGAUCUGUACAGCUUCGAAGUGGAAGCUAUGCUUGACAUCCAAGCUAGCGGAAAUAUCAGCAAUGGUGUCUGGCACUUGAUGAAGGAUCGCAACGUCACGGCCGAAGAGGCUAAACGCAUUUUACUUACAGAGAAGGUUAGGCCACUUGAGGAACAGUUCCUUGAAGAGAAAAGCAGCUUUUCAAGAGCUCAUGGGAAGCAAUCGCCGCAUCUUAUUCAUUAUCUUGAUCUAGUUGAGUUCUCAGCCUCCGGAAACUGGUACUGGAGCUCUCAGUGCUAUCGCUAUCAUUCCUGGAGAGAGAACGUCACGCAGUUCGGAGAUAGACCCAUUUCGUCUUUCAACAUCCGGGAAUUGGAUGAGGCAACGUCAAAAUGCCAGGACUACAUAAAGGCUGCUGCAUAUACUACCCAGUCGUCGAAAUGGGAUGAGCGACAGGCCAAGACUUCGAUGAACCAACAAACAAUCAUUACAAGCAACGGGAACGGGAACGGGAACCUUCGGGAACACCAGAAGCAGUACUUGGAUUCAAAGCUUGUCCUGGCACCGAUCAAAUAUCUCGAACAUCUUCCAUCCAAGAACGUCAGAGGGAUUCUGAUUGAGGGGUUGAGCUCAUGGUUCUCCAUUCCGCAGGAUACUAUUGAUCGUAUUGAGAGGAUUGUAUCUAACAUUCAUAAUGCGUCAUUGCUGAUUGAUGACAUUGAAGACGGCUCACCUCUUCGGCGAGGGAAACCAGCGACUUAUCGCGUGUUCGGACGGGCACAGACAAUCAAUUCGGCCAACUAUAUCUGGGUCAUUACAUCAGAAGAGGCUUUUAAGCUUAAUGAGAACUCCCGGGAAGUCGUCUUCGACGAGCUGAAAACCCUUACCAUUGGUCAGAGCUACGAUAUCUACUGGACCCAUACCGCUUCUUGUCCAUCAUUCGAGGAGUACCUGGAGGUUUGCCAGUCAAAGACUGGGGGUUUAUUCUCAUUGAUUGGUGGGCUGCUUUACUCAGAAGCGGAACAACGAAGGAUAAUCAAUGUGGAUGACCUCAAAAACUUCCUGCUUCUCCUUGGGCAAUUCUUCCAAAUUCGCGAUGAUUAUAUCAACCUCACUUCUGCAAAGUACGAGAAAGAAAAGGGCUUUGCGGAGGAUCUAGAUGAAGGGAAGUUCUCGUUGCCUAUGGUUCAUCUUCUGAAUAACUCCCCCGAUCGCUUGAUGAUUGAGCACAUCUUACAACAGCGAUCCCGCGAUGGCAGCAUGGCUCCAGAAAUGAAAAUGCUCGUCCUGGAGAAAAUGAACGAGGCGGGGAGUCUGGAGUUUACCCGAGAAACCCUUCGCUCCGUUGAAACAAAAACAAGAGAGGCACUCACCUUACUUGAGGAGCAAUCCAAAACUCCAAACUAUAUACUACAAUACCUGCUCAUGCGCCUUUGCGACGUGAAGGAGUGA